AUGAAUAAAUGCUCUCCCAAAAAAAGUAACGGUAACCUGGAAGACCUAUGCCAGGAACUUAUGCCACUGAUAGAAGGAGUAGAACAACCGACCCAAAUAUCAGAGCAACUCAGUAUGGAGACAGAGGAAUCCAUCAGCACGGCAGAAAGGGCUGCUUGCGGCUCACACUCGCUGACUGAUGAAUACACCGCCUCCAAACCCACUGGCAGGAAAAUGUCAAGUGCGGCAAAAAAGCGCUUCGGAGCUCUGAGGCAGCUGGGAGUGGAGCCGAAUAUGGCUUCAACACUGGCGGUCAAGAGCUUCGCUGAGCUGAAGCAGAUGGGGUACAAGUUUAAGGCCUCGCAACCUGAAUCUGGGCGCAAACCGGUAAAACGGGUUCGCUCGGAGGAGGAAUCGCCAAAGGGACAUAUUACCAAAGUCCCAAAGGUGAGUGAGACCUUAAACACCUCAACCACCGUAGCCUACAGCGAGGCCGUACGCUCAAUCCGGGUUGGCAUAAAAGACUCCAAGUCCUUGAUGACUAACACACAACUGGAGUCGCUGCGCAAUACCAUCCUGCAAAGCAUUGCCAAAUCCGGAAGGGGCGAAGGGCCUAAAUUCGUGGGCUGCUCCUUUAAGCCAGGCUGGCUCCUCAUCACGUGUGAGGAUGAGCGCUCAAAAACCUGGCUUGAGAAUAUAGUCCCCCCCCUCAAACCGUGGCCGGAAGCAAGCCUCGUUCUCUUGAGCGAGUCUGAAAUCCGAAAACCUAAUGUGGGGGUGGUAUAUAUUCCUAUCUCUGAAGCCAGCAGCGCAACGCGGGCCUUAGAAUUCUUCGGUGCUCAGAAUGAGGGUCUGAACACCGAGCACUGGAAGGUCCUCAAUACGAAGGUUGACAAGGGAGGUCUAACUCUGACCGUAUCCCUAGACGACCACUCGUUUGAGGCCCUGAAGAUGAUGGACCUAAAGGCCAACAUUGGCUUCAAAAAGGUCCAGUUCAGAAUUAAGGGCCCCAUACAGGACUCCAAACCCUCCGCUGAACCCCCGACCACCGCCGCAACCACCACCACCUCUACCCCCGUACCCGCAUCCUUAACCACCCCCCCUGAGGGGGAAGGGGAACGCGGUUUCCCCCCAACAGGGGGACCACAAGGGGCGCACAUCCGCCCAGAGGAAGGGGGCAGCACAGAGGACCGUACCGAGGGCGGCGGGGCACACAAGGGCGCCGCGGCUCCCAAGCACAAUAGUCCCCACCAACCUCAACGCCCAAAGGGGAUGGCGAUACUACAGGCCAACCUACACCACGCUAUCGCAGCCUCUGCGGUCAUAGAAAAGAUCUUCAGCGAAGGUGGCCUGGACAUCGCCCUCAUUCAAGAACCAUGGAUAAACGCCGACUCCAUGGUAGCCGGUCUGAACAACGCUGAACUUUGCAGCGAAGAUACUGUCACCGCGUACGUAGAAGUCAAAGGGCCGAACAGGUCCAAAGUACUCUUCUGCUCGGCAUAUCUUCCUGGAGAUAAGCAAGAUCCCACUGAAGAACUGACUAACGUCCUGGAAUACUCUAGAAGACAAAAGUCGGAACUGAUAGUGGGAUGCGAUGCUAACGCCCACCAUACCAUCUGGGGAAGCUCGGAUACCAACAUGAGAGGUGAGUUACUAUCCGAUUUUCUUCUAUCUAACUGUCUACAGGUGCUGAACAAUGGCCACACGCCAACAUUUGUAACAAAAACCAGACAGGAAGUAAUAGAUAUAACAUUCGCAACAGAAAAUGUGUCAAAAUGUAUAACAAAAUGGCACGUCAGCAGCGAGAACUCAAUGUCUGAUCAUAGACAUAUACGUUUUGAUAUUUCAGGGCUGGUAGAAGCUCAAUAUCCAAGAGUAAGAAAUCCAAAAGACACCUCCUGGGAUAUGUAUAUAACCCUGCUCAGUGAGAAUCUAAAGGAUAUACCCAAAACUAUCAAAACACCGGACUCUCUUAAUGCCGCGGUCAAAAUGCUCAAUAAUGGCAUAAUCAAUGCCUACGAACGAAGCUGCCCCGAAAAAGAAGUAAAAUCUAACAAAUCACCAAUGUGGUGGAACAAGAAGCUAGAAAAGCUCAGAGCCAUCACACGUCGUAUAUUCAACCGUGCCAAACCGUGCGACUGGGACAAGUACGGAAAGGCCCUAACAGAAUAUAACAAACAAAUCAGAAAAGCUAAAAGAGCCUCUUGGCGACGCUUCUGUGAAGAAAUUGCACAAACUAACAAAGGAGCAAGAAUUCACAAAAUCCUCGCUAAGACCCCAAACAACUAUCUUGGACUACUAAAGAAGCCAGAUAACUCAUUUACGAACACCGAGAUGGAGACUCUGGAUCUCCUUAGGUCUUCACACUUUCCGGGUUCGUACCAAAUCAAUACACAAAGCAAUACCCAAAGGAAUGAUGAACUCCAUAGGGCUAAAUGCUCAGACUGGAAUAAGGCCUCCAAUAUCUUUAGGCCUAACCAGAUUAGAUGGGCUUUGGAAAAGUUUAAACCAUUUAAAUCAGCGGGAGAAGAUGGCAUCUUUCCUGCUCUUCUACAAAAAGGUAAUAACUUACUUCUCCCGCAUCUGGUAAAAAUAUUCAGAGCAAGUUACGCCUGGGGUAUUAUACCAGAACCAUGGAAUUGGGUCAAAGUUCGUUUUAUACCCAAAACGGGGAAAAGGGACUACUCACAACCCAAAUCCUUCAGACCCAUAAGUCUAACAUCCUUCCUGAUGAAGGCCAUGGAAAGGAUAAUAGACCAGCACAUUAGAGCCAAAUACUUAGUGAAAAGACCACUAAGCAUCAACCAACAUGCAUACCAAAAGGGAAAAUCUACUGAAACAGCCCUGCUCGAUCUGGUCGAUAAGGUGCAAAAAUCCCUAGAGGAUAAGCAAACGGCCCUAUGUGCUUUUCUCGAUGUUGAAGGUGCAUUUGACAACACCCCUAUAGAAACCAUUCUAAAAGGAAUGGAGGCAAAAGGGAUUGAUAUAAGCACCAUCAGAUGGGUAAAAAACAUGCUCUCCAACCGAGUAGUAAACAUAACCCUCAAUGCUGCAAAGCUUGAAUUUCUUGCCACAAGAGGAUGUCCACAAGGAGGCGUACUAUCCCCACUUUUAUGGACACUAGCAGUAGAUCAACUUCUUGCUAAAAUGGCAGAAAAAGACUAUGAUACUCAAGGCUAUGCUGAUGACCUAGUGGUUAUCAUCAGAGGUCCCUGCCUGAGCACAAUUUCAAGUCUAAUGCAAGGCGCUCUCAACACCAUAAGUAGGUGGUGUAGAGAAAACGAAUUAUCUAUUAAUGCGGAUAAAACAGUGAUAAUACCAUUCACGAGGAAGAGAAAACUGGAAAAACUGGUAAAUCUGAAAUUAAACGGAAAAACUCUUCCUUUCUCAAGCGAAACCAAGUAUCUAGGGGUAACUUUUGACCAAAAGCUUACUUGGAAUUCGCACCUAAACAACAUCAUUCAAAAAGCCAAAAUGGCUCUGUGGAGUUGUUGUCGAAUGGCAGGGUCAAGAUGGGGACUAAAACCCGCAAUCGCCCUAUGGCUGUACACAGCGGUCGUGAGACCGAUAAUAACCUAUGCCUCUGCCGUCUGGUGCAGCAAGGUCAACCAAGUGACAACAAUACAGAAACUGAGCAGCCUACAACGGCUAGCCUGCAUCACAGCAACCGGAGCACUAUCAACGACACCAGGGGCUGCAUUAAAUGCUCUGCUGGAUCUUAUACCACUGCAUAUGCAUGUGCAAAAAGAAGCCAAGCAGAGCACAUAUAGAAUCUGCACCCGCACGAAAGUCAGAUGGGCUUCUCAAAAUCUGAUAAGACUCAAGGAAUCAGUACUUGAAAACAAACUUCUGUGCAUGCCCAGUGACGACAUGCAUACGGAAUGUAACUUCACCAAACUAUAUUCCGUAAACAUACCUCCUAGAGACAAAUGGCUAGAAGGCCAAAUGUCAUUUAAGGAAGGUAGUCACGUCUGGUACACGGACGGAUCCAAAAAGGAAAAUAAUGUAGGUUGCGGGAUCUACGGAGAGAGGCCUAAGCUCAAAGUUAGCCUAAACAUGGGGACGGAAGCCUCAAUCUUCCAAGCCGAGGUCUUUGCCAUAAACAAAUGUGCAGAGAUAAACUUGGAAAGGAAGCUCCAGGAUCAACACAUCUACAUCAACUCAGACAGCCAAGCAGCACUGCUGGCCUUAACAUCCUUCGAAUACACGUCAAAAUUGGUGCAAACAUGCACCGAGACACUGAAUGCACUGGGAAAUACCAACAAAGUAACGCUUACAUGGGUACCAGGACAUUCGAAUAUAGAAGGAAACGAAGUAGCAGAUGAACUCGCCAGAGAUGGAGCCGAUAACCCUCAAAUCGGCGUAGAACCGUUCUGUGGCAUUACCAAACAACGAGCCACCACGCUACUAACCGCCCUCUGCAAACAAGAGGCUAUUGAGUGGUGGAAGUCUACAUCGGGACAAAAACACUCAAAAGCACUCAUUCAGGGAUAUAGCAAUAAAGUAACUAAGGAACUGCUAAAGUUCAAAAGAUACAAAGCCUGUGCAGUGACUAGAAUACUGACCGGCCACUGCAAACUAAACAAACAUAAAUCGAACAUGAACAUGACCGAGGAAACUCUGUGCAGAUUCUGCCAUACAGAAGAAGAAACGGCCAUGCAUGUUCUUUGCUCAUGCUUCCCGCUUAUGAGCAAAAGAAGUAUCCAUCUCGGGCGACACAUCAUGCACCCGGAUGAGAUAGCAGAUAUCACGCUCCAAAGAAUCUGGAAAUUUAUAGACUCAACGGGACUAAGCAGUGAACUUUAAAGACAAGGGCUGCCACAAUAGAUCAAACCUGGUCGAGUUGGCGCAAAUAAAGGCCCAAAAACCAAUA